AAGCAAUUGGACGUGACGUAUGUCUAUCGCGCGCCUUAAAAUAAUUAAGAAUUAUACAAAAAGAAUUAAGAACUUGUGAAGUGAAUUAACAGGAUUAAAAAAAAUAAUUAAGGAACCAGAAGUGACAAUAAACGUGAAAAGUUUAUAAUUAAUUUAAAGAUAAAAGGAAUUAAGUGUUAAAGUUGUAAUGAAAAUGGCACCAACAAUAGGAUUAAACAAUAACAGUGGCAAUGGUCAAGGUACCGACUCGCCAUUAUCUAAAACAUAUCAAUACCGAAAAAUUAUGAAACCAAUGCUAGAACGUAAACGACGUGCAAGAAUCAAUCGUUGUCUUGACGAAUUAAAGGAUCUCAUUACUGGAGCUUUGCAAAAUACUGAUGGUGAAGAAAACAUAACCAAGUUGGAAAAAGCAGAUAUACUCGAGUUGACGUGUCGGCACUUGAAAACUCUUCAACGUCAAAAUAAAUUUUAUAUCAAUUCGGAACAGAGCUAUGCUGAUCGUUUUCGUGAUGGCUUUUCACAAUGUACCAAAGAAGUUGCGAAAUUCUUAUACGGCCAGCAGAAUCGUGCGGGCGAACACAUUAUCGUACAUUUAAAUGAGUGUAUAAGACGGCUAGAUAAUCUUACAAAUGCUGCUAGUGCUAACAAUAACAACAUGCAAAUAGCAAACAAUAAUAAUUACAUCCCAAACGACAGUUUGCAAUUAGAGCUAAAUCAACAACAGCAGCAACAACCACCGUCGUCUUUUAUUAUGCCAGCACACCAUCAUCAUCAUAAUCAUCAUCAUCAGAACAUUCGACAGCCAAUUGCGAUUCCGUUAGUGAGAAAAAGUCCAAUUCCAGCACAAAAUUAUUUACCACUUCCGUCGCAGAAAAUAAGUUUAUCAGCAAUAAUGCAUGACAGACGUUCAAGCGAUAACGAUAGUCCAAUAUUGACAAGACCAAUAAGUCGGGACUCGUUAUCAUCCCCACCAUCAGCGAGUUCAUCGCCUGGACAAUGUAAGGAUGAACCUGUUUGGCGUCCUUGGUAAUUUUUCUUUUACAUUAAAAAAAUAAAUUUACAUUACCGAUCAACUGUACUACACACAUGCUGCAUAUACUUAUGAAUAUUAUAAACCUCAAUAUUAUAAUUAAUUGAAUGAAUUGCAAUUAACAUGAAAUCAUCUACGAAAAAAAAUGAAGUGAUUUUGAUGCUACAAGAAAGAAUUUUUAUUGACAUUUUCUCUCACUUAAAUAUUUUAUAUGCGCACAUGUAUUAUAAUUUAAUUUAAUUUGAUGUCUUCCAAUAUUUUUAUAAGUUUUUAAUUUGUUUUUAAUUUUUGUGUCUUUUGCUUUUAAUUGAAAAAUGUUGUAAAUUUUUUUUUCGUCAAUUAAAUUCCUUUUCUCAAUCGUACGACAACCUUUAAUGACAUGUUUCAUAAGUAAUGGACAUGGAAUUAAUAUUUUUAUAUGAAAUUCGAGUUAAUUAUUAAUUUUCUUUCUAUUUUUUUCUUGUUUUAAAAAUGCAAAUUUUAAUUUUGAACUUGGCCUGAACUUUUGACAUGGAAAUAACUCAUCAUGUUGAUUAGAUUCUCAAUGAUCAAAAUUUCA